GGUUCGAGCACAUCAGCAUGCUGGUCAUCAUGCUGAACUGCGUGACGCUUGGCAUGUUCCGGCCCUGCGAGGAUGUUGAGUGCCGCUCAGAACGGUGCAGCAUCUUGGAGGCCUUUGAUGACUUCAUCUUUGCCUUCUUUGCUGUGGAGAUGGUAAUCAAGAUGGUGGCUUUGGGGCUGUUUGGGCAGAAAUGCUACCUGGGUGACACCUGGAACAGGCUGGACUUCUUCAUUGUCAUGGCGGGCAUGAUGGAGUACUCUCUGGACGGACACAACGUGAGCCUCUCUGCCAUCCGCACAGUGCGUGUGCUGCGGCCCCUCCGCGCCAUCAACCGGGUCCCGAGUAAGUGUCACUCCUGCCCUGAAUGUUCUGCUGGCCCUCCUGUUUUUACCUACGUAGCAGCAGACUUGGCGCGUCUAGGGUAG